UCUGAACUGUGUACCUAGCAGACAAGAGCUAUGGAGCUGGUUGCCACUUCGUCGGGUUGUUCAACUGUCAAGAAAAUGCGGGCAGAUUCAGCUACCAACCUUCAAGUGGAGGCCCCCGUUGUAUUGUCUGACGGUCAAAACGUUUACAACAUCCAGGAUUCCACCGUCACCUUCCAGGAAACAAAAUGUGAAACACCAAACUACCCUCUACAGAACAUCAUAGAUGCAACAGAAAUGCUGAUGAAACGUGAGGAUCCUGACAAACAUGUAUCAACCUAUGCAGAAAGGACAGCUUUGAAGCAUCUGAAAAACACUGGAUGUGUAUUCAUCAAAGGAAGAAGUGGUACAGGGAAAUCUAGGGUUGCUCUCAGUCUUUUAUCGCAGAUUGAAAAAGACACAGGAAGAAUACCUUUGUUAUUGUCCUUUCCCCAACAGUGGAAAGACGUUCCGGUGGGGAAGUCUAAAGGACAAUAUGUGGUGCUCAUUGACGAUAUAUUUGGAUCCUCCAACCUGUUUCAAUCCCAGGUAGAUGAUUGGAGUAAGGUGCUGAAAAUCAUGAACGCUGUAGUAGAGCUUGGCAACAUCUUCCUGGUGUUGACCUCGAGGCCAGAGAUCAGUGCACAGUGUGAGAAGAGGAUGAAGACACACGAACUGUUUAAAAGGAUCAAAUGCGUCACUCUGGAUGACGGCGAGUUCUCACUCAGGGUUUCAGAGAAACAGAAAAUCAUGGAGAAAUAUUUCGGGAGGAAGGUAAGGCUAUCAGAGGAAGACAUGAAACAAAUUGCAGACAUGAAGACAUCUCUUGGUUUUCCCCAGUGUUGUACAUUUUUUGCAUCAAGCAAACUUCCAGCAUCAAGAGCUGUCAGCUUCUUCCGCAGCCCCCAAGUUUGUGUCAAAGAAAUCCUUGACUGUUUGAAGGAAAGUGAGCCACUGAGCUACUUUGUGUUAUUACUGGUGAUGAUUCAAAAAGGGUUCCUUGACCACAAACUCUUGAAAUCAAGAAGAGAUAGAAACUUCAGUGACGUUGUAGCAGAUUUGUCCACAUUCUGUGAUAUUCCAGGUCCUCCAGGGUAUGGCCAGAUUGCAAGUAAAGCUGCUACUCUCUCUGGUGUAUAUCUCCUGAGCACACAAAAUGGUUUUGAAUUCCAGCAUCAGUCAAUAUACGAUGCAGUUUUCCUUGAUCUGGCUGGUGAGGACCCAGAAAUGUGCAUCAAAAUUUGUCCCGCACAGAUGCUCGUUGAGCUGGUGAGGACACAAAGUAAGGAGACUGAAGAAGAGGGUGUUGUGAUUCGCUUGACAGAAGAAUACUUUAAGAAUCUUGCUGAUAGAAUUACAAACAUCCUUCUGUCAGAAGACGGAAGUGAGAUCCUGAAUCACCCCUCGUUACUUGACGAAGACUUUCGACCAUACCUGGAAACAAAAUUGGAGCAAAGCGUAUGCGAAGACAUUGGUAAAAGAGAAGUGAGUGCUUCAAGCAUCACAUACUACCCCGACAUUAGUAAUGUGCUCGAUCCUCAUAUUGUGUUCACUUAUACAUCUCUCCUUUCACACGUUGGGAUGAAGCAAGGCGCGCUGGCCAAAUACAUUCUAUUGCAAAGUUCAAACAUUCCAAAUGCUGUUUUGAAAGAAUUUAUGAUUUGUGCUAUCUACCAAAGUCACAAUGACGUCAUUAACUUGCUGCUGGACAGAGGGGGUUAUUCCGGAUGA